AUGGCAUCCGCAGGCGAAAGUGCAGGCUCUGACGGCCAUUCAGUCCCAGCGCCGACAUCAACAACAGAAGCCCAACCGAGAAAGGCAAAGGCACAAGAAACCCUCGACAAACUCGACUAUGUUGUUCCACCCACAGCAACGAGCGUGGCCACGUUUAGCGUGGUUGUGAUUCGAGCCCGGCAGUUCGACGUCUGGGCGACUGAGUUCCUCGACGCACACCCGGACGGAGCCACGGUGCUGCACCUUGCCUGUGGCCUCGACAGCCGUGCUCUCCGGCUCAACUGGAACAAGAGCACGCGGUGGAUCGAUGUCGACUUGCCCGACGUCGCGGCUCUCCGCAGACAGGUCGUCCCACUCGACGAGAUUCCAGCCGACCGCCCCACGCUCGUCAUCAUGGAAGGCUUGGCGCUGUAUCUUGAUCCUGCCGACGUCGAGUCCCUAUUGAAGCGCGUCUGCGACCGGUUCCCAACCGGCCAGAUUGUGCUUGACUCUGUAGGCGCGUGGUACAAACGCUCCCAGAGUCUCAUCAGGGACGUCAGCAGAACUGGGGCUUUGGUGAAGUUCACCAUAGACCAGGCCGGGGAAAUCGAAAGGCUCCACGACAAGUUGAAGGUCAGAGACCAGAUGCGCGUCUGGCAAAUUCCUAGCUGUGAAAUCCUCCCUCUGCCAGUGAGAAUAUUCUUCUGGGUUCAAAGCUGGAUUCCCGGAUUGACCAGCUUUUCCACCGAGUUCAGGUGCGACUUUUGAC